AUGUCAGCCAGCAAUCCUGGCCUGCACGCCUUCAGCGCCCAUGACGCCACGGUCAAGAACGACCAAACCGUCAGGCUGGAUGCGAAGGACAUUGAAGACAAGUCCGCUGCUGCUGCCGUGCCUGACCAAUUCCACGACAAAUACCUGACCUCCAAAUGGGAGAUCUGGGCUUACUAUGCUUACUACAUUGGCAACAAUGGAUUGACUCUAUUCAACUUCGCCCCGACAGCUUUUCAGAAUCUCCUCUCCGAAGCCGCCGGCGACGCCAGCACGCUCGUCUUCGCCGGCCGGUCGCGCUCCAUCAACAGUAUCGUCCUCCUCUGCAACGGCAUCUCCUUCGCCAUCCAGAUCGUUGUCUUCCUCGUCAUCGGCAGUUUCGCUGAUUUCGGCCAAUGGCGACCCAAUAUCCUCAUCGUGCUCUCCAUCGUCGCCUAUGCCAUCGGCUUCGCCUGGCUGGGCGUCCAUACGGCCGACAAGUGGCCUGCAGCCGUGGCCCUGUACAUCGUCGGACUGAUCGCCUACCAGACGACGCUGACCUUCUGGACGGCAGCGUUCCCGGGGCUGGCGCGCAACACGCCCGAGAUGAAGGCCACGGCGGAGCGAUACGUCGCGGGGGAGAUCUCUCGCGACGAGUACGACGCGGCCGACACGAUGAAGCGCAGCCAGCUCUCCAACAUGGCCUUCUACGCGCAGUCCGUCGGUGAGAUCGUCAUCCUGGCCGUCAUCGUCGCCAUCAUGUUCGCCCUCGACGUCAACGCCAGCCAGGAAAACAACAACUGGGGGCUCAGCGUCCUGAUUGCCUUCGCCACAGGCAUCUGGCUGCUGCUGUCGCUGCCCUGGUUUGUCCUCGAGAAGAGACGGCCGGGGCAGGAUCCUGGACGGCGCACCAUCGUCAUGGCCGGGCUGUGGCAGCUCUAUCAUGCCAUGACCCAGGUGUGGCAGUUAAAACAGAGUCUGAUUUAUCUGAUCGGCUAUUUCCUCCUCGGGGAUUCGCUCAACACCACAGUCACGGUCAUCGCCACCUUGCAGAACAGUAUCGUCGAGUAUAACACUCUUCAAUUGACCUAUCUCUUGAUAGUCGGCAUUGCAGCGCAGGCCGCCGGCAUCUACGGAUUCUGGUUCAUCCAGCGCCGCUACCACCUCGGGACGAAGACCAUGUUCAACGCCGUCGCCGUUGGGAUCAUCCUUCUAGACGCCUGGGGGAUGAUAGGCAUUUGGACGCAGCGGUUUGGAUUCCACAACGUGUGGGAAGUUUGGCUCUAUCAAGCCUUCUAUGGCCUCUUCGUCUGCCCCUGGUACAGCUACUCGCAGAUCAUGAUCUCCGAAGUCACGCCCCGCGGCAAGGAGUUUCUCUUCUUCAGUCUGUUCAGCAUCAUUGGCAAGACCUCCUCGUUCAUCGGGCCUGUUGUGUCCAGCGCCAUUAUCGACGCCGCUUCGUCGUCCACGCACAAUAAUAAUGCUUCCUCCUACCCCUUCUAUUUCCUCUUCGCCCUCAGCGUCGUCAGUUUCGCCCUGCUGCUCCUGUUUGUCGAUCUGGAUAAGAGCCGUCGGGAGCAGGAGAGAUUCUUGGAAGAUGAGAGGCGGCGGCUGGACGCGAAAUUGGCUGCGGUGGAAUGA